UCAAAUCGGGGAUAUGGCUGUGCUCCUGAGGAGAAUUCUGCUGUUUCUGCUUCUGUUGGUUUGGAUCUCGUGGAGCGAUGCACUACCGCAUCCCAGUGACAGUACCGAUAGCUGCAGCGGCAAGAACGGAGCUCCCCUGAUGACGCCCUGCUGGAGUUCCAUUAUUAUGGAAGAUGAGACAACCACUAUUCUAAAAUGUGAGGGCGACGAGCCGAUCAGCUGGUGGGGCAGCGCAACUAACUAUCCGAUGGAUUUUAAGGGGUAUGGGUUUGUAAAUACUGCAGAUCCGAAGCGACCAUAUGGGUCCAGCCUAACACUCUCCAUGUUGUCGGCUGAUGACGUGGGUACCUAUUAUUGCGUGAAAGAUUCCGAGCUUAACAAGAUCGCUGAUAAGUCGGAGGAGGCGAUGGACGAGCUGGUCAACCAGGGAAAGGCCAGCUCCAUUUACGUGUACGUAAACGACCCAGACAAUAAGUUGGUGUCCACCACCAGCGUGGUGAAAGCCUUGCAAUACACCGACGUGGUCAUACCCUGUAAACCAGCGAUGCCUGACACUGAAGUGUGGCUAGAAACCAAUACUGAUGAUAAAUAUUCCAGCAAAUCUGUCGGUCGGUUCGAUCCGAAACGGGGAUUCACCAUCGAAAUCCGCAACUUCAUGGAUGGCGGCGAGUACUACUGUCGUCCAAUCUCACCCUUCCCGCAUAACGAUGAGGAGCUUACCAGCAUAGAAGUGCUCUUUAUUGAUAAUGGUCCAGUUGAUAAAAGCAAGAAAGACCUUCCAAAGCCCGUGAUCAAGACCUCUGUGGGUCAUCACGUCAUCGUGGACACCAACUUCACCCUCGUGUGCGAACAGUCCGGCUUCGUUGAAUCCCUAUACGGAAUCGAAUGGCUGACACCGUUUGCCGAUAAGAAUCGCAUUAGAUUAAGCACCACAGAAAUCGACCCCAAGACAAGAAACAGCACUCACCAGAUUGGCAGGAGAACUCUAACGGUUUUGAAUGCCAAGCGUUCAGACUCCGGUAUAUACAAGUGUAUAACAAUAGAUACAAACACAUACAAAAACAGAAACAAACAGAUACAAAUAUAUAAAACCCCGGAUAUUACACACUUUGUCAGCUACAUGAUUAAAGUAAUAGAACCAAACGAAAGCCAUCUAAACUUGUUCGAGCCCUCUGGCAUUUACAACGUCCGAAAACUGGCCAACAGUACGAUCCUGAUGAGGGCCGCCUUCGAGGGAUAUCCAACGCCCACCUUCAGCUGGUUCAAGCCCGACGGUUCGGAGGUGCGACAUUCGGAGCACAACUUCAAUAUCAUCUCCGAGGAGUCGGGUACAACGCUUCAGGUGCUUAAUGCCCAGCUGCAGGACAGCGGCACCUACAUCCUGAAGGCCACCAAUUCCAUGGAGACCGUGCAUCGGGAGUACAACGUCAGUGUGAUAGAUGGUCCAAACCUGAGCAUGUCGGACGUCUACGUCAAGGUGGGAACAGUGGGGCAACUGGAGUGCACCGUUCGGGCCUAUCCUUCGGCUACAGUCACCUUCCUUUUCCAACCCUGUAGACUUCAACCCAAUUGGCCCACUUGCGAAAGGAACAAUCAGAAUUUCAGCAUACCGAGUGUACGGGAGAAAUAUCAGUUUCAGUCCAAGCCGAGACCUGGAAAACUAAGUGUGGAAAGUAUUUACAACGUAUCCUUCCUACCCACGGAGCCGGGAAUCCUCACUUGCAUCGCCGAAAACCUGGUAAAUGGACAGACAAGAAGGACAUGUCAGAAGGCUCAUGUGCUGCUGGGCGAUGUUUCCGAGAACAUUACCAUACAUGGCUUCGAUAAGCAUCACAAGAUCGUGAAAGGGGAUUAUGUGAACUUCACCUGCGAGGCCCUGGCCUAUUACUUUGACAGCAAUCUUGUGUGGCUACUCAAUGGCACUGAUUUGGAGGAGUCCGAACUUGUUCAAAUCGAGACUAGUCGCACCAAGUACUCCUACAAGAGCACUAUACAUAUAUCUUCAAUCGCCGACAGCGAUCAAGGAACCUACGAGUGCCGGGCCUACGAUAACAGAAAUAUCUCCAUGUACAGCAGUCGCGAGAUAUCCUUGAGCGUCAACGAUCCUUUUGCUCCUGUGUGGGUGAAUAACAGCUUGAGUACCCACUCGAAAAUAAAGCGAAAAUUGAGCGAAGGCGUGGAUUUGGAUUGCGACUCGAAAGCCAUUCCCUUGGCCACGGUGCGUUGGUACAAGGACGACAAGGAUCUGGACGCAGAGAUCUUGAAAUACGAAUACGUCACAGAAAGUAAUUCCACGCUGCGAAUUACGAACAUCAAUCCAUUGGCCGAAGGCGUCUACAGGUGUGUGGUGGAGAACCGGUUAAACAGAAUCGAGAGGACCUUCACGGUGGUCAUUACGGAUCUACCUGGCAUCAGCAUGGCUUGGGUAUGGUUCGGUGUGAUUCUCGUCCUCAUCCUGAUCAGCCUGUGCCUCUUCCUGGCCAUUCGAUACCAGAGGGAGCACAGGAGGCACAAGGAGCUGAAGAAAGCUGGUUUGGCCAACUUCGAAAUGGGUGCCGUGGAACACAUUAAUCCCGACCUGACCCUGGACGAGCAGGCGGAACUCCUGCCCUACAAUAGGUUAUUCGAGUUCCCGCCAGAGAACUUGAAGCUGGGCAAUCAGCUGGGAGCCGGAGCCUUUGGCGUGGUGCUCAAAGGAGAGGCCAGGGGAAUCCGAAAGGAGGAGCCUGUCACCACGGUGGCGGUCAAGAUGGUCAAGCGAACGGCAGACAACGAGGUGGUGAGGGCACUGGUCUCCGAGCUUAAGAUUAUGGUCCAUCUGGGCCAGCACUUGAAUGUGGUCAAUCUCCUGGGAGCCGUCACCAAAAAUAUUGCAAAGCGCGAACUUAUGGUCAUUGUUGAGUAUUGUCGCUUUGGCAAUAUUCAGAACUUCCUUCUGAGGAACAGAAAGUGCUUUAUCAACCAAAUCAGUCCGGAUUCCGAUGAAAUAGAUCCCAGCAUUUCCGAAAACUUCGGCCUACAACGCGAUGCGAAUGGUGGUGGCUUGAAGUACGUCCACACGUACGUCAAUGAACCGCACAGCAAUUACACGCAACCGCCACCUCACCGCAGGAACUUGGACAAUGUUCCUCGAUCGGGCACCCGAGCCGGUGAGGUCCGAUCCGGUUCAUAAUACUAUAUACUAGACUACCUGAAUUAGCAAGAACUUUCAGAAAUAUCCGAUAGCUUUAGUUUUGUAGAAAAAAUUGGAAACAUAAUGUCCAAUACCUUCAUGCAACCCACUUACAAUACAGACUCAUUGGACCCGAUGACAGUGACCACCGUUGACUUAAUCAGCUGGGCAUUCCAAGUGGCCCGUGGCAUGGAUUACCUGUCCUCGAAGAAGGUGUUGCACGGUGAUCUGGCCGCCAGAAAUAUUCUUCUCUGUGAGAACAAUGUCGUAAAGAUUUGCGACUUUGGUCUGGCUAGAUCCAUGUAUCGAACGGAUAACUACAAAAAGUCAAAGGGUGGCAAACUGCCCGUUAAUUGGCUGGCGCUGGAGUCACUGGGCGAUCAUGUAUUUAGCACCUACAGCGACGUUUGGUCCUACGGAAUUGUCCUCUGGGAGAUGUUCUCACUGGCAAAGGUUCCUUAUCCGGGCAUAGAACCCAACGACCUGUUCAACAAACUGAACGAUGGCUACCGCAUGGAGAAGCCGCCGUAUGCCAAUCAGGAGCUCUACGAGAUUAUGCUGGAGUGCUGGCGGAAGAAUCCUGAGAGCAGACCUUUGUUCGCUGAGCUGGAGAUGCGUUUUGGCAAUAUGCUGGGCGAAGAUGUAGCAAAUCACUACCUAGACAUGAACAACCCGUACAUCGAGAGCAACGUGGAGUACAUGAAGACCCAGUCUACGGAUUACCUGGCCCUCAUGGGAUCCCCCGACGAAGUGGCGCCCGCCGCUCCGCGCUUUGUGAAUAAAGGAAUUGUGCCCAAAAUCCGUGAGUAG